AAAAAGACAGGUGGUCCAGAAAGGAGCCAGAUGCAAAGCGCCGGAGGCAGGAAGAGGAGAACAGCCGGGGAGACAGUGAAGCACAAGGCCUCCAAGAUGCUCCAAGCAUCUCUUCCAGUUUACUUCCUCUGCCUUCUCACCUUCUCCUCAGCUUGCUACAUCCAGAAUUGUCCCCGAGGAGGAAAGAGGGCAUUCUCGGACUCGGAGAUCAGACAGUGUAUCCCCUGCGGUCCUGGGAACAAAGGGAAUUGCUUCGGCCCCAACAUCUGCUGUGGAGAGGAGCUCGGUUGUUACUUUGGCACCUCUGAAACCCUGCGUUGCUUGGAAGAAAAUUACCUGCCUUCCCCAUGCGAGGCUGGAGGGAAAUCCUGCAGUGCCGGCGGGAGAUGCGCAGCGCCUGGCAUUUGCUGCACUGACGAGAGCUGCGUUGCUGAUGCCGGGUGUGUGAACGACAGUGGCGACCAAAGUCGAGCGCCCUCCGAAAGGAACCUGACGUUGUUGGAAGGCUCAACAGGGGAUCUCCUUCUCAAACUGAUGCACUUAGCAAAUGCCAACAGGCAGCAGCCAGGCAAGCCCCAGUUUUACUGA